AUGUUGAAACUUCAAAGCCUGAAGAACAUCAGACUCACCCCCUUGGAAACAAAUAAUCCACUUUUAGAGGAAGCAAACAGCAGGACUGAAAAGUCAGUUGAAACAGAUGUUGAAGAAUCUGAAGAGGCAGUUACCAUUGACAAGGAUGAAAGUGAAACGAGUGAUAAUUUGCAAGCAGAAGCAGGUGUUGACCAUGUUGACCAUGCUGAGUCAACCAAUUCUGAAGAUCAAGUUGCAGGUACUUCCUCAGACCCAAAUGAGGUGAACACAGUUGUUGAUCUUCAGAAAACUGAAGAUGAAGUAAAGACACAAGAAGAAGAGAGUAUAGGGGAAGUUUCUGAUGGGCAAACUGGAAAUGGGACACGUCAGCAUGAAGCUCAAUCUGCCUCAUCUGAUGUGGCGAGCGUACAAGUUUCAGAUGAUGCUUCUGAGGUGGUUUCAAAUGAUGCCAUAAAAGAACAACAGAUGAUUUCAGGAAGCAAUGAAGAUUCAGUGGUUGAGCUGGAGAAAGUGAAGAGGGAGAUGAAAUUGAUGGAAACUGCACUUUUAGGAGCUGCUAAACAAGCUCAGACGAAAGCUGAUGAAAUUGAAAAACUGAUGAACGAGAAUGAGCAACUGAAGUCUCUGCUUGAGGAUCAAAUGAGAAAAUCAAAUGAAGCUGAAAUCGAGUCUCUAAGAGAAGAGUAUCAUCAAAAGGUCUCCACUCUUGAAAGAAAGGUUUAUGCUCUCACAAGGGAAAGAGAUACCCUACGUAGAGAGCAAAAUAAAAAAAGUGAUGCUGCUGCCCUUCUUAAGGAAAAAGAUGAAAUAAUCACUCAAGUUAUGGCAGAAGGCGAAGAACUCUCAAAGAAACAAGCAGCUCAAGAAUCUCAAAUCAGGAAACUACGCGCACAGAUCAGAGAAUUUGAAGAAGAGAAAAAGGGAUUGACAACAAAGCUACAGGUUGAAGAGAACAAGGUGGAGAGUCUAAAGAGGGACAAGUUAGCGACAGAGAAUCUCCUCCAAGAAACAAUAGAGAAAAACCAGUUUGAACUUUCAACUCAAAAAGAAUUCUACACAAACGCAUUGAAUUUAGCCAAGGAAGCGGAAGCAAUAGCACAAGCACAAGCAAACAAUGAAGCCAGAUCCGAAUUAGAGGCUAAAUUAAAGGAAUCAGAAGAACGUGAAACAAUGCUCAUUCAAACCCUAGAAGAAUUACGACAAACUUUAAGCAGAAAAGAGCAACAAACAGAUUUUAAAGAAGAUAUGCUAAGACGAGACAUUGAAGACCUUCAACAACGAUACCAGGCGAGUGAACGUCGAUGUGAAGAGUUGAUCACACAAGUUCCAGAAUCUACUAGACCUCUUUUGAGACAGAUUGAAGUUAUGCAGGAAACAACUUCUAGAAGGGCAGAAGCUUGGAGUGCUGUAGAGAGAUCACUAACAUCACGUCUUCAGGAAGCGGAGUCGAAAGCUGAUGCUUCAGAAGAAAGAGAGCGUUCUAUGAGCGAACGGUUGUCCCAAACUUUGUCUCGCAUAAAUGUUCUAGAAGCUCAGAUUUCAUGUUUGAGAACUGAACAAACACAGCUAACGAGAUCACUUGAGAAGGAAAGACAGAAAGCAGGAGAAAGUCGGCAGGAUUAUUUGGCGCUAAAAGAGGAGGCGGAUACACAUGAAGGUCACGUGAGUCAGCUUCUAGAAGAAAUAAAGGAACUCAAAAGGAAACAUAAGGAAGAUUUGCAGGAAGCAUUGACUCACCGUGAACUUUUACAGCAGGAUAUAGAACGUGAAAAGGCUGCUCGUUUGGAGUUGGAAAAGGCAGCUCACCUUGCUGAGCAAAAUCCGAUACUCAGAACAAACUCGAAUUUUGAGAAUGGUUUGAGGCGUGGAGUUUCAAGUGCCAAUAGUUUGAGUAGCAUGGAGGAAAGUCAUUAUCUACAGGCGUCUUUGGACUCAUCUGAUAGUUUAUCAGAAAGGAGAAAUCCUGGAGAGGCUACAAAUACAAAUACAAAUACAAAUACAAUGAGUUCGUAUUAUUUAAAGAGUAAAACACCAAAUGCAUUUGAAGCUGCUCUUCGACAAAAGGAGGGUGAACUUGCAUCUUAUAUGUCUAGACUGGCGUCUAUGGAAUCCAUUCGGGACUCUCUCGCUGAAGAGUUGGUUAAAAUGACUGCAGAGUGUGAAAAAUUACGGUCAGAGGUGUCUCAGCUGCCCGGAAUGAAGGCAGAGCUAGAAGCAUUGAGACGCAGGCACUCUGCUGCACUGGAGUUGAUGGGUGAACGCGAUGAGGAGCUUGAAGAGCUUCGGGCUGAUAUCGUGGACUUGAAAGAGAUGUAUAGAGAGCAAGUAAACGUUCUUGUAAAUAAGAUCCAGGGGCCGAGUUCAUCAAUUGGUGCUGCCGCCUAAAUAGGGGAGAGGAAAAUACAUACCAACUUUUUACUUGCAGAAUGAUAUGCUAAUGUUUUGUGAUGAGUUCCAGAGAUCAUAUGUUUUGUAACUUUAAUUCAUAUGAAUAACAGAAAAUGACAAGCUUGAUAAUUUCAACACCCAAGGCGUGUUACUGUUUGGCUUGUGGAUUCCAAAAGAGUUAGAGUUUCAGAUUCCAUUCUAUAACAUGUUUUAAAUCCUUUCUUU